UCCUCUUGCGGCUCAAGGCAGCGUGACAGGGCUGGCCAUCUACCCCAUCUUUGCCCAGCGCGCACGACUCAGCAACCCCAAACUCGCUUCCCCGUCCACGACACCAAUUGAUUAUUCCUAAUAGUCACCAGCAAGCAUUUUAUCCUCCAUCCACUAGCAGACGUGUCAUCCAAAGUUAUACUUAACUUCACGAAACCUUUAGCAAGUCAGACCAAUAUCUUCUCUCACAAUCCCGACGAUCUCGGUCUUCCCAGCCCAGGUCAAUUCAACACUACACUCGAACCCCGUUCCAAGCAGAUGUUAUCGGCGCCGCGAAGAGCGCCUGCAGGGAGAAUGUCGAAAGCCGAGCUGUCGGACCAGAGCGUGCUUUCUCCCCCAUACGGUGGUGUACGUUGGAGCUUCAAUGGUAACGGACAACUUGUAGAUUCUGCAUCAGCCGGAUGGGAGCUAGCCGACGAAAUUGGCAAAAUGCGCAUUGGUGGAGACAACGAUGGUACCAAUCCUCAGCUGCAUACGCCGCCACCUUCCAAGGGCAGCGGGCUUGCUCAGUUCCACGAAGUGUCGCCGAUGGAAUCAUCUUCUGAGACAAGCCUUGAAUCUGGUCCCUCGAGUACCCUUGAUCCUACCGCCAAUGCGCUGUCCCAUUCUCGCGAAUCGUCCGCGGAUACGACUGCGAGCCAGACGCUCCGUGGCGCGCCCAUGACGCCUAUGAAGGUAGGCGCAGUGGGCGAGUCCAGGAACAGACCGCAUUCCUACAGCGGCGGGCUGUCCAGCACGGACCUUACGCGUCUCCAGCAAGCCGGUGGCAGCCCAGGGAACAAGGAGUCGUGGUCCUCGUCCAACGGUACUCCGGAUAGGCAGCAAGCGGAGCAGCCGUCGUAUCCGUCAUUGACUGUUCAUACCGGCGGCGCUCGUACUCAGGAUUUGCCUCACUUCUCCCAGCUCACGUCGCCCGGAUCUCGGCCAGACGAUCUGACGUACGACUAUCAGGCGCAGCAGCAGCGUCAGUUCAAUGCGAUGCACCUAGGUCCUCCUCUGGGACCAGGUGGUGCCGUGCCUUCGUUUGUCCACGGGAGGCCUAACAAUAUGUAUCGUCAACCUCCUCGCACCUUCAAUCCGACAUUGCCGCCUGUGAUGCCUAGCCCGACAAACUUCGCGUAUGCUGCCCCGCCACCACCAAUGUCCAUCAGUAAUCCUCAACAGCAAUUGUACGAGAUGAUGCUCCCAACCCCUCCUCUCGACAACCCGACCAUGGCUCGGCUGCAGCAGCAGGGUCCUUUCCGCGGUACUCACCAGCACUCGACAUCUGACCCCGUUGCGGUACGUGACCCUGCCGCGCUUGCCCUCCUCAAUAGCAACAUUCAGGCCUUCGCCGCCGGCCAAAUGUACCCCCCGAACUUGCCGCCGCCAGCUGCGCUGUCGAUGUUCGCUAGCCAGUUCUAUGGAAACCCCCAGGAUGUCUAUGCCUCUCCUGACUUGGCUACGGCCCAGAUGAUGGCCCGACUCCAGUCGCAAUACGGUGGAGCGUACGGGGUCCCUCUGCCAGGGCAAAACGCUGGUGUUGCCAACCCGACGGCUAACGGGAACGCGAACCCGCAGGGGCUAGCUUCGGUUGGCCCUGGCGGUGCGGGUCCGAGCGCGAACAACCGCAAGCUAGGAUUGUACAAGACCGAGUUGUGUCGGAGCUGGGAGGAAAAGGGUACUUGCCGUUAUGGUGCCAAGUGCCAAUUCGCGCAUGGUGAAGAGGAGCUGCGCAAAGUCCAGCGUCAUCCCAAGUACAAAACGGAGAUAUGUAGGACGUUCUGGGUGUCUGGUUCAUGCCCCUACGGCAAGAGGUGCUGCUUCAUUCAUACCGAGCUUCCUGCUUCUGGCGCGCCGCCAGGCGCAGACGGAGCUCCGCCACCGUCCAACCUACACGGGCGUGAUCGGUCUGGCAGCACCAACAGUGACCCGAACGAAGUCUCGACUUCCCUUCUUGCGCGUAUCUCUGCCCGGCGGUCCCAAGAGAUCCCUGUCGGUUCCAAUGGUGGCAGCGGCAGUACGACGCCUCCGUCAGCGACGUAUUCAUCGCGGCCUCGCUCCCUGCACGUGGAUACCAGUAUCCUCGACCCGGCAGCCGGCUCGAAGCAGAACAAGUCUGCGUAUCCGACGUUCGCUCAUAACGGUAUCUUAAGACCUGCUGGCGAAGAUGUCACCGCUAGGUCCCCCGGUCCCGUCACCGCUGGGCCAGACUUCGGCAGACAUGCCAGCGCCAGGCUCGACAUCGUGGGCUCACAGCGGCAAAUGAGCAAAAACGCUGCUUCGAACUCUAAUGUGCGCAACUCGUUCAAUGGAGGCGAUAUGCAGCUUGAUUUCAGCACCACUCCCACCGCGACUAAUAUGUCCACUCAGCUGGGCUCUUCUCCCGAGGCGCCGAAGCCCUCGUCAAGGAUCAAUGGACACGUUCGCUCGGGCAGCGCUGGAAAUUGGGGAAGUGCGACUCGUGCCAACCAUUUCACAGCCUACCCUCUUUCGUCCAUCCCGGGCGGUGAAGUGAAGACCAACUCACCUUGGGCUGAUUACACCGCUGGUUCUCGCCUCGCGGAACAAAACUGGACGUAGACGUCGAGUGCUGGGUGCGUACAAUGUAGGAUUAUGUGGACCGUCAUCGUUCUUUUUGCAUCUCGGCAUGGACGUCUUUUAACGACAUCUUGCUCUGUUCAUACAAUGCGCGAACGCGCAGGUUUUGACAAUCGCGUCUUCGCAGCUCCCUUGUCCAGGAUUCCUCCCCUUCAAACUCCCGCUACCAUACUGUUACGAAGCCACGCGCUUUUACGAUCUACAUGCUCACGUCAUCGUUUGGCUGUCUGCUCGUCUCGAAACCACCUUGACUUAUUUCAGUCAAUAGCUCAGUCUCGUUCACAUCCCAGUCGGCACUCUGCACAUGUUUAUCUUAUAACGUCAAUUGAUUCACGCUCUUGUUAUGCCUGAUAUUCCAAUCGCAUGA